CGCUGUCCGCUCGCCCAAACCCCGCGCCGCACAGCCGCCACGGCCAGCAGCAGCAGCAACACACCCGCCGCAAAACCCGCGCCUGCCGGCCGCCCAUGUCUCCCUCCGCGCCGCCGGCCGCCCUCCGCCUCGCGAGCCCGCCCAAAGCCCUCCUCCCCGCGCUCUCACCGUCCUCCGCCCGCUCCCCCCGCCUCUCCAUGUCGACGACCCCCUCUCGUCCCCGCGCCACACCGCUCGCCGCGACAGCUGGCGGAGGCGGCGCGGCCCCUUCCCUCCUCGCCGCGGACCCGGGCCACCGCGACUCCGUCAUCCUCGCCGCGCGCGGUGCCAUGACGAACUGCCUCGGCGAGACCCACCUCGACCUCGUCGUCCCCGGGCUCCGCCUCGCCGCCAAGGGCAAGGUGAGGGAUGUCUACGAGAGCGGGGAGCACCUGGUGCUGGUGACCACCGACCGUCAGAGCGCGUUCGACCGUGUCCUCGCCUCCAUCCCAUUCAAAGGGCAGGUUCUUAACGAGACAAGCCUUUGGUGGUUCAAUAGGACCAGUCACAUCACUCCAAAUGCAGUGGUCUCUAGUCCUGACAGGAAUGUGACAAUUGCCAAAAGGUGCUCAGUUUUUCCAGUUGAAUUUGUUGUGAGGGGAUUCGUUACUGGAAGCACUGAUACAUCACUAUGGACAGUUUAUAACAAGGGCGUGAGGAAUUACUGUGGAAAUGCCAUUCCUGAUGGCAUGGUAAAGAAUCAAAAGCUGCCAGCAAAUAUCCUCACGCCAACAACUAAAGCUGCUGAUCAUGAUGUCCCUAUCACUCCUGAUGAGAUAGUCAAGUCAGGGCUGAUGUCCAAGGAUGAUUUUGAUGAGGCAAGAAGCAAAGCCUUAAGCUUAUUUGAGUGUGGACAGAAAGUGGCAUUAGAGAAUGGAGUAAUUCUAGUUGACACAAAGUAUGAGUUUGGAAAAACAGCUGAUGGGACAGUUGUGUUAAUUGACGAGGUACAUACACCUGACUCCAGCAGAUAUUGGAUUGCUAAUUCAUAUGAAGAGAGAUUCAAAUCUGGCCUUGAACCUGAAAAUGUUGACAAGGAGUUCUUAAGGCUGUGGUUCAAGAAUAAUUGCAAUCCAUAUGAAGAUAAGGUUCUUCCAGAAGCUCCAGAAGAAUUAGUUUCUGAACUUGCUUGGCGGUACAUAUUCCUGUUUGAAACAAUUACAAAUACGAAGUUUGAGAUCCCAGAAACACAGGAACCGAUCCAUGAGAGGAUAUCAAGGAACGUGGCACAAGCCUUACGGAAUUUAUAAUUGCUAACACUGAAAAAAGCACUUGCUCGUGACAAUAAGAGGUGCACUUUUGCUACUAAGAUUCCCUGUAGUUGCUAUGUGCACAUGAGAGCUAUGAGCUGAUGAGCCCAUUGAAGAUUGUUUUUUAUUUUCGACGAGCAGGAAUGCAUAUGCCUGGUUAUGUAAUGUGCGAUAGAGUAGAGAGAAAUAAUUGAAAGUGGUCACUGUUUCUGUUUGGGUGAGCAUCUGGUAUGCUCCACUGUUGACUAAAUCAUGUUUGGAGUGCUGAAGAAGAUAAAUGCAAUAUGCAACCUUCUACCUGUCUUGUGUAAAA